AUGGACAUGGAGAUGAUGGACCCCUAUCGCCGCCCAUAUUCCAGCCUUCCCAUCCAGACUUACGGAGAUCAGCAACAUGGGCAACAACACCCCCAGCAAUAUCCGUACUGGAAUCACCACUUGAUGGCAUUCUACCAACAACACCAACGAGCAGCGGUGACCAUGAUUGGCCAAGGGAAUAUGCAUGCCUCGAAGCAGACGGAGCCAAAACCGAGGCUGGCAAAGGACGAGGUCGAACUACUAGAGAGGGAGUUUUUGAAGAACCCGAAGCCAAACAGCAGCACCAAGCGUGAGCUAGCCGAACAGAUGGGCGUCGAGGUGCCCAGGAUAAAUAAUUGGUUCCAGAACCGGCGUGCAAAGGAGAAGCAAAUGAAGAAGACGGCAGAGUUUGAGGCUCAACAGGCUAGAGAAAGAGCCGCCUCGGAAACCAAGUCAUCGGAUGAUCAGGGGCAAGGCACCAUCAGCGAGUUCUACGGACUGAGCAAUCACCAUCAAUCUCUAGGCCUGUCGACUGCCACUUUUGGAGAGGACGAGGAGGAGGACGACGAAGACGACGACACUGGCACUGGCGAUGCAAAUCUCGACCGCCACUCCCACAGCUUUUGCGACCCGGUUGACCACCCGACCCUCCCUCCAAUCGCCGGAGGCAAUAGUACCCCAACAAGUUCUGACAGCGACGGUUUUGUUCAUAUUGACUAUGAGCCGUCGAGCCCACAUCCCCUUCACGCUCACGGUCUUCCACAACUCGCCCCGCCGGCCGCCAUAUCCAGCUCUUUCGCUCUGACACCGCACCAGCCAGAGUUCCGUGGCCCGUCGUACGCCUAUGGAUUAUCGGAGCCAAUAGACAUGGCAAGCUUUCGGGAGCCCUGCUACGACGAUGUACCCUCUCACGCCGGAAUCCUUCGGGAUUCGGGCCCAUUCCAUUUAUUUCCGGACAGAGACUAUUUUUCAUCUCCGCCACUCCCACAGUUUCCCUCUGAGUUGAUAGCAGAAAAUGCGGCAAGGAGUAACGAACAUGAGUCGCCAUCCCACCAGGAGCUGACCGAGGAUGUAAUCAAAGAGGAAAACCUUUCACCCUCCGCAAUUCCUGAUUCUCCCCCGUCGGUAUCGCAAAUGAGAUUCAAGUCUCCGCCUCCAUCCGCCGACAUUGCAAGCCGCAGGAACAUGCAACGCCCUGCCCCGCUUGGUCUUACGUCGUUGCGAAGUGCUUCACACUGUCCCGGACCGAAAACCGCCUUCGACGCACCCCGGAGAGCAGAUACGGCGAGCCCGCUCAGGCGAAUCUCCUCUGCGACCGGGAGCUUAUCUGGACGGGUUCAGAAGGCUAUGCUAGCUGGAGGUCCAAGGUCGCCGUUCAGCCUAGACCGAAACAAGGAGGUGCUCUACCAGUCCCUUCAGGGCGCGCACUCCCCCAUGAUGGCCUCGUUAAAUAGCGCUAUGUCUCCCCCAUUGGCUUCGGACGGAAUGGGCGGCCAGGAACAGCGAGAGAAUACCGUCACCACGAAUGCAUCUUCAGACGAGGAACACGGCUACACGUAUGGAUCUAUGGGAAGCAUCAAUGGCCUUCAUAUGUACAAAAGCGAACCCACCAUCAAGACUCCACCCGGUACUCCCGGUCUGCCUAUUGGCUUCCAAGACUCGUGCUAUCCGAGUUCGGUUGACCAAGCAUGGAAUUACGUGCCACACGAUGAGCCUCUGCCUACACCCAGUCUCUGCAGUCACGGAGGGUCCGAGCUUGAAUUCUCCAUGGCGCCGCAAAUGCCUGGCUAUGUGGCUAGCCAACCCCCGACACCAUCCUUUCCGCCUUCGGUUGGGCCAACAUAUACUAGUUUCUUCACAAGCAAUCUACCAAGCAACCUUGCGAAUUCAGAGUACAACUUCCCAGAUUCCUAUCGGCCUGAGUCGUCGGCACGGUCUUCGCCCGGUGGGCCACCCAGAUCCAAGCAAUUCCAGUUCGCCCAAAACGUCACUCCGCAAGACUUCAGCACAGAUAAGUGA